AUGGCUCAAGCACCUCAUGUCACCGGCUAUGAACACGAAGACGCCUGGGAUGUGGAUUGGCUGCGCGUCGACGAUAUCCAUGAACUACACUAUCAACAGUUUGGCAAGAAGGAUGGAAAGCCUGUCAUUUUCCUCCAUGGGGGGCCAGGUGGCAACUGUUCCAAAUCCAACACCGUCUUCUUCAACCCUUGUGAAUAUCGAGUGAUUUUGCUCGACCAGCGAGGCUGUGGUCAAUCGCGCCCUAAUGCCAACACCACAAACAACACUACCUGGCACCUCGUCGCCGACAUUGAAGUCCUGCGUAAACAUCUCAGCAUCUCCAAAUGGCACACAGUCUUCGGUGGCUCUUGGGGCUCCACUCUCGCUCUGGCCUAUGCACAAACACACCCCGAAAGUGUAGGUAGUUUAGUUCUGCGCGGCAUAUUCACUGUGCGCGAUAUCGAGCUCCACUGGACGAAUCACCCGGGCGGCGUUCAAAUGCUGUUUCCUGACUGUUGGGACGAAUUCAUCAACUUCCUUCCAGAGGAGGAACGCUCGGAUCAUAUUGGCAAUUACCACAAACGCCUUAUGUCUUCUGACCCUUCGAUAAGUCACCCUGCAGCCACUGCAUGGAACAAAUGGGAGCUUUCAAUCAGCACUCUGUACCCGGACCCCAAUGCAUUCAAGAAACUUCAAGACCCGGCUUAUCUGCUAGCGCAUGCAAGGCUCGAGAUCCAUUACUUCACCAACAAAGCGUGGCUGGAAGACGGGCAAUUGCUAAAGAAGGAGAAUGUUGGUCGUAUCAGGAACAUUCCGACAACAAUCGUGCAGGGGAGAUACGAUGUCGUCUGCCCGCCGAUCACGGCGUGGAACUUGCACAAGGAGUGGCCAGAGAGUAAGCUGCAUUUUGUAGACGAUGCGGGACAUAGUGCUAUGGAGCCUGGGACGAGGAAGAAGCUAACCGAAGUGUGCGACGAGUAUGCGAAACUGAGCGUCUAG